AUGUUACGUUUAGGAACAGAGAAUGAUUUCGAUGCACUCUAUCCAAUCUACAUGCAUCCAACAGUCAAUCCAUAUUUAAAUUUUGAAAUGAUGAGUAAAGAAGAAUUUCUCCCAUUAUUUCGUGAAUUGAUAACAUCUGGAACAUUAUAUGUGUAUGAGAAUGAAGACGGACAAAUAACAGCGACUUGCAUUCCAUGUCGCUUAAAACGACGUUGCGCACAUAUUGUCUCUUUGACAACAUUUGCAACGCAUCCGAAUUUUCAACGGAGAGGUAUUGGUACACGCUUUUUGAGCGAAUUAAUUGAAGAAUUAAGAAAAGACAAACGAACAAAACGACUUGAAUUGUAUGUGAGCGUUGGCAAUGAAGGCGCUUUACAUUUGUAUCAAAAAGUUGGUUUUCAAGUGGAAGGCUACUUAAGAAAAAGUUUUACACCAAUGAAAGAUGGUCCUCCAACUGAUGACCUACUGAUGGGGCUGAUUUUCGAUUAG